CCAUUGAGUUUGCUUCGGUGAAGACGUGUGAGUUUUCCAACCAGCACAAUUUAAUAGUUUGGUGAAUUGGCCAAUAAAUUCAAUCGGAGUGUUCAGUGAUCCACAGUGAGCAUCACUUGCUACCCACACUGCGACUCGCCCUUGCAAAUCGCGUUGUAUUUUCCUGCCAGAAAAUUCUCGCGGGGCGCGCCGAAAAAAUAACCACACGAAGCCAUUGAAAUUUCUAAUUUCUCCUCGAAAAUGACUUUCUACACGCUCAAGAAUAGCUCAAUCAUGUGUUAAUUAGUACCACGGCAUCUUAUCUGUGUCAGUUCGAACGCUGGUGUAAUCGAGUUGGGGCCAGGAUCCCCGUAUCAGAUGCCAACGAAUCAAGGUUAUCAGAAAGUGUCCACGGAAGCGCCCAUGGCGGACUCGUCGAGAAUAGCCUCAAGGAGCUCCUCGCAGCAGCUCAUGCCCCCGGACACGGCCAGCGUGUCGGCGUCCCUGGAGUCUGGGGAACAGGACAAGGUCCAGUCGCCCUAUCAGUACCACGGCUUGCGGUCCAUCGGGAGGCGGGAGUGGUUCACGGUCUCGGUGCUGUGCUUCGUAAACCUCAUCAACUACAUGGACAGAUUCACAAUAGCCGGUGUACUGACGGAUAUACAGCAGCAUUUUGACAUCAGGGAUGACCAGAGUGGACUCCUGCAGACGGCAUUUGUGCUGUCGUACAUGAUAUGCGCUCCUAUAUUUGGAUAUUUGGGUGAUCGCUACUCGCGGCGAUGGAUCAUGGCUUUGGGGGUGGCGCUCUGGAGUGGCACGACACUUUUAGGGUCUUUCAUGAAUCAGUAUGGGUGGUUCCUCACAUUCCGCGCACUCGUUGGCAUCGGCGAGGCCAGCUAUAGCACAAUUGCGCCCACAAUCAUCUCAGAUCUCUUCAUCUCUGACAUGAGAUCGAAGAUGCUGGCCUUCUUUUACUUUGCCAUCCCCGUUGGAUCGGGAUUAGGGUAUAUCAUUGGAUCUGAGACUGCUAAGCUGAUGGGAACGUGGCGGUGGGCUCUGAGGGUGACACCCAUCUUGGGAGCUGUGGCUGUGGUGAUGAUCUGGCUGUGCAAGGAGCCUCAGCGUGGUCAGAGUGAGGGAUCUCACAAUCUCGUUGUCACUUCCUACCGUGAGGAUCUGAAGGAUAUCGUGAAGAAUCCGUCAUUCAUGCUCUCCACGGCGGGCUUCACGUGCGUCUCAUUUGUGGCUGGAGCUCUGGCUUGGUGGGGGCCCACCUUCAUGCACUUUGGCAUUCAACUUCAACCGGGAAAUGAAGAUAUCUCGCUGUCAAGUGUCUCAUUUAUGUUCGGUGGCGUGGCCCUUCUGUCAGGAGCCAUUGGUGUUCCAUUGGGAUCGUAUUUGUCACAAGUAUUUAAGAAGCGUUAUCCACGAUGUGAUCCCAUUAUUUGUGCCUUAGGAUUGCUAAUUAGUGUACCACUGAUUGCUGCGGCGAUGAUUGUGGUGUCUUCCAGCACAGCGUGGGCUGUUACGCUUAUAUUUUUCGCUGAAUUGGCUUUGAAUCUUAAUUGGGCAAUUGUCGCAGAUAUACUAUUGUAUGUUGUUAUGCCUACAAGACGAUCAACAGCAGAAGCUUUUCAAAUACUUGUGUCUCACGCACUUGGCGACGCUGGAAGCCCGUAUCUUGUGGGAGUGAUAUCUGAAGCGGUAAAAUCACUGAGACGCACAGAAAUUGCAACGGCGCUUCAUGAGGAAAUAAUUGAAGCGAGUGGGAACAAUAGCACAAUUGCUUUUGAAUCAAUUGAUGAUUCCAAAGAAACGAAAUUCGUGGCUCUUCAGUAUGCCUUGUUCGCCACGUGUGUGGUGGAGGUUUUGGGGGCUGUUUUCUUCCUUAUAACAUCUUUCUACGUGACGAGAGAUCGCGAGAGGGCAAAGAGAGCUAUAGCAGGUUGCCAAAUAGAAAUGAGCGAAAGUUCAUCAAAUUCAUGCAAUUAGCAGAUGGCUCAAUUGAGGAGAUUCAACAUCAGGAUGCCGAUCGGACGAGUAGUAGUAGUGUUAAUUCCUAAAAUUUAUUUAUACUCUCAUCUAUUUAUCAGCAUUGGACAAAUUGUCUAGCUUCAACGUAAUUUCACGUGUAGUCAAAUACACAAAUAACAAGGAAAAGACUUUAUUGUAUAGAGAAAAGAGAUCGUUUUAUGCGAUAAAAUUAGGUAUUCUUUUUAGCAAUUGUGUGUCAAUUGGCCUCGUUUUCAAAAUUCACAUUAAUUCCACGAAAAAGUUCGGUCAAUCUGACCAUCAACAAGUAAUGUUGACGAAGGCGAAAGCUUCUGCAAUCAAAAUCUCAUAACUUCCGCUUAUCCUAAGGGAGAUAGUUAAUCACGAUCGACGAUGAAGAGUCCCGUGUGAGUGUUAAGUCAUCAGCUGAAUGGCUUGGAGUGGAAAAGGACCAAGACAAGAUAAUGUCAAAUGGAGAGAAGAAAAAAUUCCUGCGAAUGAUCAAAGUAGAACUACAAUAAUUCUAGUCUUGUUUUACUUUGAGAAAUGAUAAUGCUUUUGUUUAUAAAAGAUGGAGAGAAAGAACAAUAGAGGAUGAUGUAAUAAUGAUAAAGACUGCCUUAUUAGAUUAAUUGUAUAAUAUUAAUUUUGUCUAGCAUGAAAAUAGGCACGAUGAUAUCACAUGAUUUUUUAAUAAUUAUCACAUAGAAGACAACCAAAAACUCUCCUCGAAAUUGUUUCCUUCCCUAAUUGCUAAGGAGUAAAAUUUAGUAAUAAAUUAUUUUCUGUAUUGAGAAAAUAUGAAAAAUGGUAGUGGCUUAAUUGCGAUUGACUUGAAAUUUGGAGAAAAAAAAAAUUGUGUUGGCUCAUUAGGUGGAAGAUCAAUGUCGAUCGGUGUUCUCGUCGAUCCUAAUGGGUUAAUAUGGUUGACUUUAGAAAUGAGAAAUACUAUAUAGCAGAAAUAUGCAAGAGUGAAUGUUUUAUCAAUCUAGUUGUUUGAGAAAUUUGUAAAAUACGUUAAAUAUAAUGGAUUUUUAUAAUAAAUCUGCGUAAAUCAUAAUUUCUGUA